ACAGAGCUGGGUCAGACUGAGCAGAGCCGGAGAGGUGUAUUUCACUCGACGCUGCGCACGGUCUUCCCCUGCUCUCUCCAACACCGCGGCGCACGCUGCUAUCUGCACAAACAACCCACAUCUUAAACUCAUCUACAACAAGAAUGUCAGAUUUUUUGACAGCUGUUGGAUUUUUGUGCGCAUUUUAACCUGUUGUGAACUUUUUGAAUAGAUUUGGGAUUUUUUUCUUGCAAGUUUUCUCAGUGCGUAAUUGGACAUAGGAGGGAAAAUGGAUCGGAUCGUGAGCGCGCAGCCUCCUCCUCCACCACUCUCCAAACACCACUCGGAUAUAUCAGACGUGCAGGGGAUUGACUACCCCAUGUACGUCUAUAAACCAAGACGUGGCAUGAAAAGAGGCGAAGAAAGCAAGGACACGUAUAAGUUGCCGCACAGACUCAUCGAGAAAAAGAGACGUGACCGGAUCAACGAGUGCAUCGCGCAGCUCAAAGAUCUGCUGCCGGAGCAUCUCAAACUCACGACUUUGGGUCAUCUGGAGAAGGCCGUUGUGCUCGAGCUAACACUAAAACAUGUGAAGACGCUGUCGACUCUACUGGAGCAGCAGCAGCAGAAGAUUCUGGCGCUUCAAAAUGGACUACAAAUCGAUCAGCCCGUGGUCAACCAGGAGAAGUCGGAGGAGAUGUUUCGCUCUGGUUUCCACAUGUGUGCCAAAGAAGUGCUCCAGUUCAUCGCUAACCACGAACAAGACCACGAUUUCAGCUUGUCCCACGUCAUCACCCACCUCCACAAAGUCGCCUCCGAAGUCCUGCACCCGCCGCCCCGGCCGUGCACCCCGCCCACCCCUGAACCCCAAAACAUCCAGCCCUACCACCACCAGCACCCGUCCCACAACGAAAUCUCCCCAGAAGAGGUCCAAACGAGGCUCAGUCCCACCCCGAAACCCACCGCCAACGAAGGCUACGUCAAGAACUGCGUCUCCGUCAUCCAAAGAGCGUACGCCAGCCAGGGAGGGGAGCAGAGCGGCAGUGACACAGAUACCGACAGCGGAUACGGGGGCGAGCUGGAGAAGGGAGAGACCAGGGCCCAAGCGGGACGUCCCGAGUUCUACGCCUCUGAAAGUCAUCUCAAACGAGCCUUGAGCGACAGACCAAACUCGAUUAAGCUGGAAGAAGAGAUGCCUCGACACAAGCGACCACGAGCAGAAUCGUCCGAGGAUGACGUCUCCAGCGGCGAAUCGUCGUCGUCAUCGAGCGGCUAUGCUAGCUACUCGCCAACACACGCUCCACCUCCUCCACCUCAUCCGCUAUGCAUGCCAUUCUACCUCAUUCCACCCUCCGCAGCAGCGUACCUGCCCAUGCUGGAGAAAUGCUGGUACCCGGGGGCCAGUAUCCCGAUGUUGUACCCGGGAAUGGGGGGGUCGUCUCCGGCCGGCGAGCGCCCGGGUGCCCCCUCCCUGGUGCUGUCACCCAGAGGAGGCUCACCCGCCCCCGUUAUCUCCUCCUCCCACUCCCCCAUGGACUCACCCGCCCUCCUGCAAGCGCUCAAGCAAGUGCCACCCCUCAACCAGGAAACCAAAGAGUGAAGCCGAAACCAUUCACACAGACUAAAUAAACACAGUAUUAGUGGGAGGAGCUAGCGAAAACUGAGCCAUUUCACAUAAGCUUUGUAGGGAAUGUUGCUAACCUGGCCAGACAUUCGAAAUUUGAAUUUUGAUACAACUUUAACCAGCUUAAAACGGGUAGGACAGUACAUACAAAAUUAGCUACAAAAAUGCUACAAAUCUUUAUUAAGUGCCCCAAAAAGUCCACUCUAUUUUUAUUCCAUCCAUUGAUUUCAGAAUGAUGAAAACUGAGGACGGCGAUUAACAAUUAAGUUCAUUUAAAAUUAAACACUAUAUAUUUUAAAUGGUGAGUCAUGGGUUUCAUUUCCUGCUGUACACCGCCAUUUUGAGGAAGACCAGCCACUCAAAAGAUGUAAUUUUGUUUUGUUUUGAAAUGUUGUGGCUACGGUCGUAACUUUUCGUCGUUCUGAAGCUCAUGAAAAGACUGCGACCCAUAGCCUCGUAGCAUAGUGGGUUGCCAUAGUAAUUAACAAUUGAACACAGUAUAUUCCAUCGUUUUAAUUACUCAAUCAUCCUCACUAAACAACUUUGGAUAUAUGGAACCAAUCUGGCAACACACAAGGCGGUUUUUCGUGGACUAAUUUCAAAACUGACCAAAAUUAGCGUAGAAUUUCGAUGUUUUCUGGCCAGGUUCGCCCGUUUCUGUCGCCAAUUUACUUGCCGAAUGUUUCUUUAAUGUAUAUUACCGAGUUUGCGCGCCCUCCCCUCACUCGUGUUUGAAUGUAGAGAGACUUUUGAAGAUGCUGCUGAUAUCACCUGUUGCAGAAGACACUUUUGCACCACUUUUCUGCCCUCCAUCCCCCAUUUGCACCAAAUGUUAGCACCAAAAUGCCCGCCCGUCAUGUUUUUUGCACCAGGCACUGUCUCUAGCGCACUGUGUCGACGUGUGUACAGACCACCUGACCACCGUGAAUGCAAGUAUUCCUCAAACACAACAGCUCAUGUAACUAUUGUUCAUAUAUUGUGUAUAUCUCUAUUUUUGAUACCUGUGUUAGAGCUAAGAGCCGAGAGUGGAGACGAGCACACGACCAGUCAAACGUUUGGACACAUUUUUUUCAGUUUUUUUCUUUAUUUUUGUGACAUUGGAGAUUCUCACUGAAAGGAUCAAAACUAUGAACGAACAGUUCAUAGAAACAUCGUAAACUCAAAAUAACUCAAAAUGCGUUUGCUUUGAUAGUAGUUUGUGUUUUUGACAUGUUUUGAUCCUGACAAGACACAGCUGGAAGUCAAAAACAUUUCUUCUUAUGAAAAUGACAUAACUCCAUAUAUUUUGCUUCAUAUAUUUGAUGUUUUGAGUUUGUAUCAAAAAUGUAGAAAGUAGUGAACAUUGAACAUUGUGUCCAACAGUGGUGCUACUCAGUUUUGUUACUUAAAAUACUAAACAAACUACUAAAAAAUACUCAAGUAAAAGUAUCACAUGAAAAAAAUGAUUUAAGUAAAAAGUAUUUAAGCACCUGUUUAAAAAUGUGCUAUAAAGUAAAAGUAUUUUGCUUAGAUUUUGAGGUGUUACAAGGCUUCAGAUGUGAUGAUUUUGUUCAACAGAAACAAUUUAAUUAACAUAUUUUUUAGCUGGUUCAAAUUAUGAAUGUGUUCAAAAUAAACCCUCAGCCUUUUCAGCAGGUCAGUACUUUAUGACUUGUACUUCAUUACCUUCCACCACUGUUUGAAUCUGACAUGUAUAAAGUAGUAACACUGACAAAAAACACAACGUGUGUCCAAACAUGAGCCUGGCCGUGUGUGUUGUGUGUAUGUAUUGUGUGUGUAUGCUGGUGUGUAUACUGGUUGUAUACUAGUUGUAUACUGGUGUAUACCGGUGUGUAUACUAGUGUGUAUACAGGUUGUAUACUAGUUGUAUACUGGUGUAUGCCGGUGUGUUCCGGUGUGUAUACUGUAGCACUGUGCUGGCUUGGACCUGCGUUUCUCAAAUCAAACCCGGUGUUUGUUUGUUGCCUUGUGACUCUCUUUGUCCCUCUGUUUUACUGGACUCUGCAGUCGGAGGAGGAGAGAUCGUGAAUGUUUAAACUCAAGACUAGUUUUUAUAGAAAGAGGUACUUAAGAUUUUAUAUUUUGGGACCUACCUGAAAGAAGCUCGAUGUAAAUACUGUAUUUUGUCUAUAAAUGUUGAUAUACAAUAUAAGUGUAUUAUUAAAGUCAUAUUUUUCCCGUGGAA